AUGACUUUCUCUCGUACUUUUGCUUGCCUGUUUCUGUUUACUACCCUGUCCACCUUCUCUGUCUCUGUCUCGGCUGUUCCUCUCUCCAAUCACGAGAAGAGACAGGAUGCGACAUUCGACUACGUGAUCAUAGGUGGCGGCACUGCGGGACUCACCAUCGCAAAUCGCCUUUCUGAAGAUCCGAAUGUCCAGAUUGCUGUCAUUGAAGCUGGUACUUUCUAUCAGGCAGGAAAUCCGCUGCUCUCGUCUACACCAGCGGGAGAUGUCAUUUGGGCAGGUGCAAGUCCAUUAGAUACAAAUCCUCUAGUUGACUGGAACUUUGUGACGGCUCCACAAGCGGGUGCAAAUGGAAGAGAAUUGCAUUAUGCGAGGGGAAAAUGUUUGGGUGGAAGUUCUGCGCGAAACUUCAUGAUCUACCAACGUGGUGACCGCGGAUCUUAUCAACGCUGGGCCGAUCUCGUUGGAGAUGAUUCCUACACCUUCGAUAACUGGCUACCUUACUUCAAGAAGUCGACUCAAUUCACGCCUCCUAUAACCCCACCUCGCGCGGCUAAUGCAUCCGCCGAGUACGCUGCCUCCGCUUUCUCAUCAUCCGGCAGUCCACUCCAGAUCUCGUACGCGAACUACGCUGGUCCCUUUUCCAGCUGGAUGGAAGCUGGUUUGAACGCCAUUGGACUGCCGCAGGCCACGGAUUUCAACUCGGGAACCUUGAAUGGCAGUCAGUAUUGCAGUUCAACAAUAAAUCCAAAAUCUCAGGAACGAGACAGUAGCCAGACAGCGUACUAUGGAGCAGAUACGCAGAAAAGAGCGAACUUAAAAGUGUACACCGUCACGUUGGCCAAACAGAUUCUCUUUGACUCGAGUAAAAAGGCUACUGGUGUUCGCAUAGGCUCUGGCGCAAUUCUCUCCGCACGAAAUGAAGUUAUUGUGUCCGCCGGCGCAUUUCAGUCCCCCCAGCUCCUCAUGGUCUCUGGCAUUGGGCCCGCCGCCACUCUCCAACAAUACAACAUCCCUAUAGUCGCCGACCGUCCUGGCGUCGGCCAAGGCAUGCAGGACCAUAUCUUCUUCGGUCCCACGUACCGCGUCAAAGUCCAAACCCUCACUAGACUUGCCAAUGAUCUUCUCUAUGUCGCCGAUCAAUUCGCAACCGAUUACGCCCUUCUCAAACAAGGCCCCCUCACCAACCCUGUCUGCGAUUACCUAGGCUGGGAGAACGCACCCCGAGACCUCAUCACACCUGCCGCCGCCGCCGUACUUGACUCUUAUCCACAAUCCUGGCCAGACAUCGAAUACCUCAGCGGACCUGGCUACAUCGGGAAUUUUCAGGACCUUUUACUCCAGCAGCCCAAGGAUGGCUUCCAGUAUGCGACCAUUCUCGGUGCUCUCGUCAAGCCUAUCAGCAGAGGAAAUGUCACCAUCACCAGUGCAGACACCAGCGACCUUCCUCUGAUCAACCCAAACUGGCUCACUGACCCUACGGACGUCGCAGUUGCACUGGCAACCUACAAGCGUGCGCGUCAAGCCUUUCAGUCGUCAGCUAUGCAGCCGGGUCUUGCAGACCCAGUGGAGUACUUCCCGGGUCCUGAGGUACAGACUGAUGCGCAAAUCUUGAGUACGAUUAGGGAUACGCUGCAGACAGUCUGGCAUGCUAGUUGUACGUGUCGUAUGGGGAAAGAGAGCGAUGUAAACGCUGUGGUAGAUAGCAAGGCUCGAGUGUUCGGGGUCAGUGGAUUGAGGGUUGUAGAUGCGAGUUCUUUUGCUGUUCUGCCGCCGGGGCACCCGCAAAGUACGGUCUAUGCGCUCGCCGAGAAGAUUGCAGAUGACAUCAAGGCAGGUCGUUGA